AUGGCUGGCUCAGCGACACCCGGCGGCGGGCCUCCACCGCCGCCUGCAGGCCCGCCGACACAGAAAGUUGCCGACGUCAUAACGAGCUUCCGGCCGCAGAGGCGCUUCAAAUCGGGCGGCCAGGGCACCUCAGUAACGUCCCUCGACUUUGACGACUCGGGCGAACUAGCCAUUGUCGCGCGCGACGACGAUACCCUCCAAAUCUACAACUGCAAAGAAGGCAAGCACGCCAAGGAGCUCAAGAGCCAAAAGUACGGCGUACACCUUGCGCGCUUCAGCCACCAUGCCCAGAGCAUCAUCUGCGCGAGUACAAAGAUCGACGACACCAUCCGCUUCCUCUCCACACACGACAACUCGUACAUCCGCUACUUCAAGGGGCACACCGACACAGUGACCUCAAUCGCCCUGUGUCCGUCCAAAGACGACUUCAUAAGCUGCUCCAAAGACAACACGGUGCGGUUAUGGAACCUACAAUCCCCCAACUACGUCGGCAUGCUCAACCUCCACGGCGCCUACCUCGCAGCCUACGAUCCCUCCGCGACCGUUAUCGCAAUCGCAUCUCCGCCUACACAGAACGUCCUCCUCUACGAUAUGCGCAACUACGAUAAGCCGCCGUUCGCAACAUUCGACUUGCUCGAGGCUGAGCAGCGCUUCAUGGGAGGACAAAAGGUCGAAUGGACCAAGAUUGAGUUCACAAACGACGGAAAGAGUCUUGUCGUCGCGACGAAUGGCAGCGGACAUUUCGUGCUAGAUGCCUUCUCCGGCGACCUGACGCAUUUCUGCUACCGCAAGGCUGGUUCCUCGGGACGUCUUCCGCCCAGCGCAUCGGUCACUAACAAAUCCGGUGCCAAAUCCGAUGGCAGUGGUCCUGCAAACGGACAGGGCGACGUGUGUCUCACGCCAGAUGGCAAGUUCCUCAUUGGAGGUAGCGGCGAGGACGGUCUCUUGGUGUGGGAUAUUUCGAAAGCACCAGCGCCAAAUAAUAUGCUCGAGCCUAUGGAGAAACUACCGGGACAGGGAAAGAGCGCUGUUGUGGGAUACAACCCGAGGACCAACCUGUUGGCGAGUGCUGAUAAGGAUCUUUACCUUUGGCAGCCGGAUCCUGAUCUGAUGAUCUGA